AUGCAUACCAUAAUAAUCUUUGUCGCUAUCGUAGCAGUAUUCGCCCACGGUCAAUUGCAAAGCUCUGGCUAUGAAAAUGCUGAGCUGGUCCAGCCUGCGCCUGCAGUCCCUCUUAGUGCUGAAAAUGGAAAUCAGCAAGCAUAUAAUUCGGAUGGAUUCUCGGCCGGAGGUUCUCCUCCAGCACCUCCUCCAUCUCCUUUUCCAGAAACUUCAAUAGCGUCUUCUGGUUCCGAAGACUUAGGAGGCAGCGCUCCAAUUUCUGUACAGGGCACUGCCAAUGGCGACAGUAACAACGGAGAAUUUGACGUUGGUACCCCAGGAGGAGUGAGCUUAUCGCCUCUGUGA